ACAAUUUUGCUGAAAGACAAAUGCAGAUUUAUACAUUUUUACAACUGUAUUUUGUAUAUUUCAUUAUUUUCUUCUAAAAAAUAAAAUUGUUUUAGAUGCAUACAGCUCUUAUAUAUUUACUUAUUUUUAUUGCAUUAGUUAAAAAAAAUAGCUGCACGUUUCACACAGCGUGUCAAAACUGAAACAAAAUUUUGAGGGUGCAGAGACAGAUGUGCCUAGUUUUUGUAUUUUGCAUACGAGUCAAAAGGCAAGUGAUCCAUUCCUUCCUGAAUAAGUAAAUGUGUUUGUUCAUCUUCAAUACAUUGCCAGGGAAGUUUAUUCAAAAUUCUCCAAGGCAACUUUUCUGUCUGCUAAGAAUGCUGCCUGAUGACCCCACAACACACAUCAUAAAUGCAAUCUAUUCAAACAUGAGUUUAAUUGUAACAAAGACAGACUACAAAUGCCAGUUUACCUAAUCCAGGAGAAUCCACACUGUUAGCCCAGCGUAUUUUGGCAGCUUUCAUUACAAGUAGUAUUCAAUAUCUAUUUGGAUAAUUAAUGUAGCAAAGUCUUAUUAAUACCUUUUAAAUGAAUAAAUGAGAAUAAGUGAAAUUGCUAGAACUGUACACAUGGUGCCUUUAAGAAACUCAGCCAUUUGGCUCUCGAUACUUUCAGCUAUUGAGAAAGCUGGCGUAGUGCCAUGUUUCUCAUGCUUAAAACCGAUGGAAGGGCAACACUACAGACCAAAGAAACUGAAAAGGCUACGCACAAGUCUCACUUCUGAAAAAGGAAAGGACUUUCAUCUUGUAUAGAUGGCAGCGUAUUAUGUGGUUUUGAUAGCUUCCCUAGGAAUUCUGCUCCUGGCUUUUGCACUGCUCAAGAAGAUACGUUAUGACAUGUUAGUGGUGCUCUGGCAUGCUUUCAUCGUAAAAAGCAUAAUUAAUUUCUUCAAAGGCAACACAAGAGAACAGCGACUUUUAGACUUUGCCUUAAAAACUGCUACAAGGGGAGACCCACAAAGUGUGAUAAAUGCCAUUGACCAAUACUGCAGCCAGACAGAAUGGGCUAUGAAUAUAGGCGAUGAAAAGGGCUUAAUUAUGGAUAAGGUUGUAAAGGAAUGCAACCCGGACAUGCUUCUGGAGAUGGGGACAUAUUGUGGAUACUCUGCUCUGCGGACAGCAUGUAUAAUAAAGCCAACUGCACAAUUGCUGAGUCUUGAGAUAGAUCCACGAGUUGCAGAAAUUGCCAAACAGAUGAUUGAAUUUGCUGGUGUACAGGACAAGGUGAAAGUUAUAGUAGGUUCCACCCAAGAUAUAAUUCCACAAUUAAAAAAGAAAUCUGAAGUGGACACAUUUGACUACGUGUUUCUUGACCACUGGAAGGACAGAUAUGCACCUGAUACCAAACUGCUUGAGGAACAUGGUUUACUGAGAAAAGGCACAGUAUUACUGGCUGACAAUGUUAUAUGCCCUGGUGCUCCGGAAUUUCUCCAGUAUGUUCGUAACAGCCCUAAUUAUGAAUGCACAUAUUACCCUGCGCAUAUAGAAUACAACAAGAACAUUGAAGAUGGACUGGAGAAAGCAGUCUUUAAAGGCUAGAGGAGCCUGCAACAAAACUGAUGCCAAGUGCAGUUUUUACCUUUAGUUGUGGUGUAGGGUAUGAGGAGUUUUACUCUCUUGCCCUUUGCUUUACUCAACACUACAAUAUAACUUAAAUGUGAAACUGACAGUCACUAAAGAAUGAGUGUGUUCUUUUAUAACAAAGUAAAAUCAGGGUCUGUAUUUUAUACCUUAGUUAAUGGUCAUGAGAAAUGGAAUAUGAUUAACCAGAACGGCAAACUAUGAGGUUAACUAAUGUUACCUAUGCUUCAUGCAGUGUCAUGUAGAAUAGAGUUACUUAAUUACAGGCAUUACUCCCUACUCCCUCAAGUCCUGAAUUGUUUUUAUGAGCAUUAACUGUAAUCAAAACAUGUGUGUUCUGUUAUUUUAUCACUGUGUUUUCUGGUGCUUAUUAGUAUGCAUAUGAAAUGUCUUGCCUCUCUUCAUGAUCUGGGUUGGUAAAAACUGUAUGUGUUUAUUUUUUUGUUUGUGGGGAGGGGCUUUGACUGUGGUGACAAGAACCAUGCUUAUCAGAAAGCAAAAAAAAGGAUAUUUCUUACUGCAUUUGCAACCCUCUGUGUACAAAAUCUUGGAUCCCCCACUAAAUGUGCUGCUCUCUGAGAGCCCCCUCCACUGCAUGCUACAUAUCCACAAUAACUCAGUCCAAUGGAAACAGACUUUUAUGAAGAAGGGGUGGUCCACCGUGGAGCCCCUCCCCUUCAUGCUGUAUAUCCAUGACAACUCAGUCCAUUGGAAGCAGAUUUGUGGAGAAGGGGUGGUCAACCUUGGAGCAGACUUGACCAACUACAGCAGUUGUGCUUAUUAUGAGGAGAAUGAGUGGUAGAUGAAAUGAAUAACUUUAAAGAAAAAGAUUGGAAGGUGCAAGUCUGCAGCCUCAUUUGUGAAUUACUGUAUGAUCUAUUUAUAAGUAAAGACUUUAUUCAUUCAUUUGGGAUGCAAGAUUUUAUGUGCUUUUUAAUAAGUACGUUUUAUAAGUAGUUUAUUCUAGUCACCUGUUACAGAUGGCUGGAUUAUAUUAUUCCUUUUUUUAAAGCCAUCCACUAUCUUUUCUUAAUGUUUUUAAAGUACCCCUGAUCUAUUUUUAAAGUCUUGCUAGCUUUUUCAUGUAGUCUUAUGUUCCCAUUAGCAGUAAGUAUUUACUAUGGCUGUGCUAUGUAUUGGAAAAAUAAUGACUAUUUGCAGAAUAAAAUUAUCAGUGUUAUCAUUUGCUAAUGUUACUGAUGUAAUAAGGCUUUCUUCUGUUCACUGCUUUGUAACUUACCACAAAUGACCAUAUUUACACAAUAAAAGUUUUAUUAUCUAAA